AUGCCCACUUCCUGUGAUAAAUCCGACGACACUGAUGAUAUUAUCGUAAUCUCUGAUGAUGAAGCUAUAGAUGACAGGAUAAGUUUUAAUUUUGAUGAGAUCGAAAGACAAUUUGGAAUAGAAUGCAAAGAUCAAUGGAAAGUUGGUGAUAUCGAUGUCACGGAAAAGUUUAGACAAUAUCAACAUGACCUUCUUCACGACAUAAAAUAUGGUAUUAAAAGGCUAACAUGGAAAGAUACUUUUGACGUGUUGGCUUUGGGAUCAAUCAUAGUUCUCGAUUGGCCUUGCCCAUAUAAUACCUUUACAGCUGACGAGUGGCUUGAAAUAACAAAUAGCAACCCUUUUAAGUUGACAGAACCAGUGUUAAAUACUGACUUGACAUCACUAUUAUACGAUGCCACUUUCAAAAAAUCAUUAGGUCUGAUAACUAAUUUUAUAAAUAUAAAUAAUAAUAGUAAACAUUUUCAUCUAGCUAAACGAAUUUUAUGUGGCUUGGCUGACGAUGUUCCAAUUGUAACUCCAAGCAGAACAUCUGAAGAUGAACAUAGGUUUCAAUAUCUAGAUCCCUUUCUCAAACCCAUAUUUGGUGGACCCUAUAAAAAUUAUAAAUUGAGAUUAAAUCGUGCUAUCUAUGGGAGCCAAAAGAGGCCGGAUUUUUCAUGCGUUGUGGACGAAGUGCCAAUCCUUAACUCUGAAGUAAAACCCAUUGGUUAUACGGAACUACAAAGAGAUAAAGAUUAUGUUAAAGUGAAUUUUAGGGCAAAGAAGACUAUAAAUACUUUGAUUAAGAAUGGAGGUGUUCCCGAUCAAACGAUUUUUUUUAUCAACAUGGGUAAUACUGUUGAAUCACAGACACUUCCACUUAUUGUUCAAACGUUGUCUCACUUUGUCGCAUUAGAGGAACGUGUCAAUAAUUUAGCAGGAGAUUAUAAGCGUCGACCAAGAAGAUCCUCCAAACCAGCUAGGAAAGACAAAUUUAUUAGAGACCUACCUGAUUCUCCUCAAUUGAAAAGGCUAUUAAAAUGA